AUGCGCUACGGGAGUAGUAGAGUGUACAAGUUUAUAAUCCUUGUUGUAGUUAUAGCUGCAGCAGCAUGUGCGGGAAUGUGGAUAAAAAAAGGGUACAAAAAAGACGGAAAAAAAGAAUCAGCGGAAGAGAAAGACGGCGAAAAACACAGCACAGCUCAGAAGAGCGAUGACAGUGCUGGGAGCGCAGAGGAGAAAGACAGUGCUGACAGCGUGCGCACUACUAAAACUGACACCACUGAGUAUUUCAAUCACAGAUCAGACUCUCUGGAUAAUUAUGAAACUGAUCCUGGGUUUUACGACUCUAUACACGAGGAAAUGGACAGUGGAAACGGUGCGCAGAGCACCCAUAAAGAGGAAGAGAGCGUGUCUACACAUGCAACUACAGUGCACUUUGGAGAAACCUUUGGAACUGGGCACAGACUGCCAAAUAAAACACCUCUGGACGACAAUAUGAAUGACUCAAACUUUGAGGACAGAAAUCUAUCCAAUAGUUUUGCAGUUCAGAAAUUGGACAAGAAAAUAGAAGAAGAGAAGCUAAGUAAAAGAUUGCAAGAAGAAGAGCUGAAUAAAAGAUUGGAAGAAAAUGAGCUGAAUAAAAGAUUGGAAGAAAAUGAGCUAAAUAAAAGAUUGGAAAAAGAAGAGCUAAAAAAGAAAUCAGAAAAAAAUAAA